AUGCACCAUCCCUCUUUCCUUUUGCUCUCUCUCACAAUCCUCUUUUGUUUUUUUCAUUCUAUUGUUUCUACUAACCAUCUCAUCCAACAAACUUGCAAGAAUUGCUCAGAAACUGAUCCCAACAUAAACUACAAAUUUUGCAUUACAUCUCUUCAAUCAGACCAUAGGAGCCAAUGUGCCAAAAACCUCAAUGAACUAGGCCUUAUCUCUAUCAAGCUAAUUAGGCACAACGUGACAAACACUAGCGCUCACAUCAAAGAGCUUUUGAAGAAGAACAACUUAGACCCCUUUAUCAAAGCAUGCUUAGAUGAUUGCCUUGAAGUUUAUUCUGAUUCCAUCUUAACUCUUAGAGAAGCAAUUAGAGAUUACAAAGCUAAGCGUUAUGCUGAUUCUAAUGUCAAACUAAGCUCAGUCAUUGAUGCCUCUACAACAUGUGAAGAUGGAUUCGAGCAAAAGAAUGGUGUCAUUUCGCCAUUAACAAAGAGAAACAAGGAUACCUUUCAGCUUUCUGCUAUAUCACUUUCUAUUAUUAACAUGCUUAACAUUUAUAAAUUAAAGGGUACAUUCUGA